UUAGGUAACAUCCAUAGGCAUGUCAAUAGCAAUUGCAGAUCCCUUCGGCAGUUCCAGGGCAUCAAUUGCAUUGGCCACGAGGCUGCUCUAGACAUAGGGAGAGAAAUUGGUUACAGGAUCAGAUUAUGAUGAAUCAAAAGCUUGGCUAUGAUCAAAACUGGCAAAACUUCUUAGAGCAGUAUACGGUUACCAAACUUUCUUCCUCAAUUCCUCCAGCGACAGCAUGAAAACUCCAGCGCAUUUACAUCUCCGGGCUCCGGCGACCGAAGCGGUGACAGUACCCAGCGGCGCUGGUGCCGUUUGUCGAGCACUGCACUGCACAUUCAUGCUUGGUUUUUUAUCGGCGACUCGUUGAUAUUUCUAUAUAUUAAAGCUCUGCAUCAAGACGCCCAAUGAGCGUGGCCACGUCGUCCUUUUUAUAGGAGCCGUUCGAUCUACUUUGGACGCUUCACCGCCGUCGCACAUGUUUAGCUGGUAAUUUCUAUGCUUCCUACCCCUCGCACUUUCUUGAAGCGGCUAGCACUUUUGGUUUUAGACGACCGGCUGGUAGGGUUAAAAAAACAAAUACGCUUCUCUCCUCUCGCCUUCGCCUCCGAGCCCCCUGUUCUGAAUGGUGACCAGACCUGCCCAUGGCCCCGCGCUCGCUUAGGUCGAGGCGCCGCCGCCCGCCGACCCGAGCAUCCUAGCUCCUCCCCGCGGGCGCUGAGCAGCGAGCCAUCAUGCCCGCUGUGUCGUGCCUCCAUCGCGUUGCCCCACUGGCCGCUCAAGCACUUCUUUCGUGUGGAGCUCGGCAGCAUUAGCAGCAGCCGCUCCAACUCGGAGUCUCCGACGCUACAGCAGUCGUCGACCGCACGUACCCGCAUCACGGAGUACAUCGUCGAGGAGGAGCUCCAGGUCGUGCUCCAGCGACCCGCCAAGCCAGCAACAGAAGCUUGCCACAAUGGAGCGCGGGCAACCAUCGUUCGUGGCCUGACCCCUACGGCAUCAUUCAGGUCCUUCUUCGUCGUCUUUUUUGGCAUGCUAGCUUCGAAAUUUUUAUUUUGCUUACUUCUGUUUUGGUUUUGUGGCGUGUGGGUGGAUUUCAAGGAUGGAGAAGUCCCAUUCGCCAAAAUUCAAAACGUCCUCCCAAUUAAAAUGUCGGCAUGAAGAAUGAGGAAUGAAUUUGUGAGACUUUUAGGCAAAUGCACAUCAGUCUCGGCCAAUCAAAAGAAAAUGGUAGAAUUUUUUUGGAGGGGCUUUC